AUGCCCAACACGGAGAAGCUGGUCAACCACAGUGUUCGUGGCCAUGCACGGCAAUGGAGCCGUGCGCUGCGACAACAGCCUCUCGAACUGGAUGAUAAGGACAGGCAAGAGAUUGAGCCUUUGAGCCCAGUCGUACCACAACCAACUGCAGCGGAGGAGACUGGUAUUACACGGGGCUCUACGGCAUCACGUAAGACUUUCUGGGUGGCACAAGCACCCUGGAGCGCGAAGAAAGAUGGCAUAAGCGCUGCUUUGGAGUUUAGUCGCGCAUUGAUCGGCUACGUAUUAAUGCUUGCUGUUAUGACUUACAACAUCGGUUUCCUAUUCGCUGUCACGGGAAGCGUACUUCUCGGCGAGCUGGUAUUUGGGCGGUACACACGGGGUUCUGCAGGUCUAGCCGAGGAUGGCUGCCAUUCUUGA